UUGUUUGUGCUGCUGGCAGAAUGCUAGUUCCGGCAUUAACUGAGAAGAGAAGAGUCCCUUGGUGAACAAGUAUACAACCGGGAUAUUCAAGCGAAUAAAUGCCACCAAGUAUGACUGAGAGCUCUGCGAAUAAGUUGGUAAAUGGAGAUGUUUGCCACCGGACCGCAAACGGUAAAAAAUCUUCGGGAAGGAACGGUUUCGUGAAGAAUCAUUGUUUGUUCCAACAACCGCAACAGAAGAAGUAUCGGCGUUCGAGUGAGAAGAACAACCAUGUUGUGCGUAACACCAGCCUGUACAACAGGCCGUUUGUGGAGCAGUUUGAGGAGACUCCUCUGCUUGUGGCGGUUCUCACCUACGUGGGCUACGGCAUCCUCACCAUCUUCGGGUACCUCAGAGACUUCCUCCGCAACUGGGGCGUCGAGAACUGCCACGUGGCCAGAGAGAGGGACGAACAGAAGGACUUUGUUCCGCUGUACCAGGACUUUGAGAACUUCUACACCAGGAAUCUAUACAUGCGUAUCCGUGACAACUGGAACAGGCCUAUCUGCAGUGUCCCUGGAGCCAAGAUGGACCUGGUGGAGAGAACCUCCAAAGACUACAACUGGACGUUCGAACACACAGGCAAGGUGGUGAAAGACGUGAUCAACAUGGGUUCUUAUAACUACCUGGGCUUUGCUGAGAACACUGGGAGGUGUGCUGACAAUGCCACAGGGUCAACACACAAGUACGGUGUGGGAGUGGGCAGCACCCGCUCUGAGAUGGGUAACCUGGACAUCCAUGAGGAGUUGGAGCAGCUGGUUGCUAGGUUCCUGGGGGUGGAGUCAUCCAUGGCAUUUGGGAUGGGCUUCGCUACCAACUCCAUGAACAUUCCUGCUCUCGCUGGGAAGGGCUGUUUGAUUCUGAGUGAUGAGUUGAACCACGCCUCUCUGGCGCUGGGGGCGCGGCUCUCUGGCGCCACCAUCCGCGUCUUCAAACACAACAAUAUGGUGAGUCUAGAGAAGCUGUUGAGAGAUGCCAUUGUUCACGGCCAGCCCAGAACACACAGGCCCUGGAAGAAGAUGCUCAUUCUGGUGGAGGGAAUCUACAGUAUGGAGGGCUCUAUAGUACGUCUGCCUGAGGUGAUAGCCCUGAAGAAGCAUUAUAAGGCCUAUCUGUACCUGGAUGAGGCCCAUAGCAUCGGAGCUCUCGGACCACGAGGUGGAGGGGUGGUGGACUACUUUGGUCUGGACCCCAAAGACGUUGACAUCAUGAUGGGAACAUUCACGAAGAGCUUUGGUGCUGCUGGGGGAUACAUCGGGGGGAAGAGGGAGUUGAUAGACUACCUGCGGUCCCACUCCCACAGUUCAAUCUAUGCCACGGCCAUGUCCCCUCCUGUGUCACAACAGAUCAUCACCUCUAUGAAGAUCAUCAUGGGAGAGGACAACACCACUCUGGGGGCGGAGCGUCUAAAGCAGUUGUCAGAAAAUACCACAUACUUCCGAAGGAAACUCCGAGAGAUGGGAUUCAUCAUCUACGGAAACAAUGACUCUCCUGUCGUACCCAUGAUGCUCUACAUGCCCGCCAAAAUAGGGGCGUUUGGCCGGGAGAUGCUGAAGAGGAACAUUGGGACGGUGGUGGUUGGCUUCCCUGCCACACCCAUCAUAGAGUCCAGGGCCAGGUUCUGUGUGUCUGCCGCACACACCAGGGACAUGCUGGACACGGCAUUGGAGGCCAUCAGUGAGGUUGGGGAUGUGUUGCAGCUGAAGUACUCCAGACAUCAUGAUUUCCCCUCCUCCCUGGGUCCAUGGUCCUCUGCGGGGAGUCUGCCCCUGGAGCCCGGCCACGUCAAGCCUUCUUGUCAUAUAACUAACUGAACCAGCUACACCAGGCAUACUUGCACCUUUUGUUUGUUUUUGCACUUACCUGGUGCACCGGCUCUAAAUCAGUCCCUGACUAAAGAAUGAAGAUGUAGAAGUGGAACUUAGGGGAUUUGAGUAUCUCUUGAGCUACACUACAGUGGGGUAGGGGUAAAAGAAAGUCACCAAGGUCCUAUCGUGUGUGUGUUCGUGUCGAAGUGUGUAAGCCCCUAUCGUUGUCUUAAUGUAUCUUAACUUAUUGUGAAUUUAUUUUUUUUGUUUGGACCUAAAUGUUGAAUCUUAUUUCCGUGUUCCAACUGCAUUAUGGGGGCUUCUAGUGCAAUAAUAACAAGAUGGGGAGGAAGAGUAGAACAAGACAUGGAUUUCUAUUGCCAUUAAAAUAUACAAUUUGUUUGGUUGUAUCAAUGGAGUUAACGAAUCAGAGAAAUGGAAUCCCUAGAACCGGGAUCUACAUUUUGUUCUAGGGAUUAUAUUUCUAGGAUAACAGCAGAAGUUAUAAUGCAAGAAAGAAGUAAAUGAAUAAUAUAUAGCAUUCAUGACUAAUAGGGCAACAUAUGGGCUUCAUAUCAAAUGAGGUACACCGUCAAGUGUAGCUUAUAUAUUGAACUUUCCGCUCUGAUCGGUGUGUUAGACUUUAAUAUUGUCACGGGGGUUCUUUCCCUGACCAAUGUUGAUAUUAUCUGCUGUUUACACAGUAAAUGAACAGGUAAAAUCUCAAUGUCCUGGAUCUAUUAUCAGAGCUAAUCCUCUCCAUCUCUCUCUGUGUGUGUAAACUACAUAUUUCACCAGUUUAGAGGAAUAGGGUAAGAACCCUUUUGAAGAGCUGCCAUGUUGUGAAUAUUUCAUAGAAAAAAAGCUGUAAUAUAUAUAUAUAUAUUACAGCUUUUUUUUCUAUCAUUCUUCAGUCUUUAAUAUUUAGUGUUUAUGCCUGCACUCGAAUGACUUAAGCCCAAAUGUCUUAAACAUGUCUAUACGCUCUAGAGUAUUUAACAUGUCUAUCACUGAAGAGUCUUUAAUAUUUCUAUAAGCUUGAUAAGAGCCAUGUCGUGUGAAGUGUUUCUCUUGGGGUUGGUAUCACGGACACCGAUUUUAUUUUUAUUUUUUAUGCUAGUCCUGGACUGAAAAAACGAUUUGAAUGGAGAUUCUUGGCUUAAUCUGUGUCCGGGAAACUGACCGUUACCGAAGAACCACGUGGUUUGAGUCUCUAACUGUAUAUCUUCUAAGUGCUUAUCUUAAUAACCAGCGUUGAUGUCUUUGUAAACUAUGACACGCUGGCCAUAAUAUGACCCACCUGUUUAUCUGUAUGUAUGAAGAUGAUGCAUCCUAGCCAUGCUUCUCUGAUGUACAGAUAUGUCCUUAUUUGGUAAAACUUCCUAUUGAUACCUUCUUCACAGUGCAUUUAUAGUGCCUUAUGAGCUAUAUAUAAUGCACGACAUAGACAUACAGGAAGUGUUGCGCCUUUAUUUAUUACAAAUGUCAUUUUUUUCAAUCUGCUCUAUUUUGUGGAAGAUGUUUCUAAUAUAAUGUCUCUGUGGCAGCUCUAAAUAAAGACACCUAAAAGGGUUCUUUGGUUAUUUCUGUGUAAUCCUUUUUUGGUUCCAGGUAGAACCCUUUUUUUUGGGGGGGGGGGGGGGUUACAGAACCUUUAACCAAAAUGUUCUUUGUUGGGUGAAAUAGUUCUGCCUGGAAGCAAACCGGUUCUACAGGGACAGCAAAAGAAACCUUUUUAGGAACACUUUUGAUGGAGUAUGUGUGUCCUCAUGACAGACGGACCAUAUCUUCAGUGCUAGUACUACUGACAGGCAUCGGUAACAUACAGAUGAUGUAGCCUCACUGAAAUGACAGGCUUUACGGCUGGCUAACUGACGCUUGGUUUAAACAGCAUCUUUUCCCGCCAGCGGUCUCUCACAAUGAUUCUUCUCUAAUAUGGCAUUCCAGAAUUGGCUGAUUUGUGUUUUAAUUUUAGUUUGUUUUGUUUAAAUGUUAUGUUUGACUUUCCAUGGCUCAAUUUAUGGGUCAGUUCAAGUAUAAUAUUGUCUUUAGUCAAAUAUCCAGUUUGUAGUGUGUGAGUGUACAUAAUUUUUAUUUGUAUUGGAAGUAGAAAUAUGUGGAAGAGAGCUGUGGUUAGCACUGUGAUCAUUCCACUACUACAAACUCCUUAUUAAACUAUGGCUGAGAUUUAAA